UGUGACAGCUGACAACUGACACCACAAACACGUGCUGGCUGCUACUGUCUCAGAAGACGGUCUCGGCUUCUUUCCAUCUCCCGAAAGUAGUUCCAACGAUUGAACACCAAUGAUAGUUAUUGCAGCUAUAUAAUUAACAUUCAAUGUUGUAAUUUUGUAUUUUUUGUUACAAACUACAAAGCUGCAUAGUGACAAAUAGAAUUUCCUAAAUACAACAGUUGUAUGAAUUGUUAAAAGGAAAUUUAGUGGCAGCAAUAUAUCAUCACUAUUCGGUGUGAACAUUGGUAGAAAAAGUUAAAUAUUGCAUUAGUGGUUGAGUAAUCCUUCACAAAAAAAAAUCAAUGUUUUGGAUGAUCCACGCAACAAAGCUUGCAUCAAGAAGUGCAAUAUUAUUUCGUGGUCUAAGUAUUGCUGCUGUAAAGGAAUGUUCACAUACAAACCAUGUUAUGAAGUUAAUUAACGACUAUAAUGAUGAAUGUGAGACUAUAACAUUGAAUGGUAACAAAUUGACUAUUAGUAAUAUUCACAGUAUGUUUACUGGUAAAUUUCAGUCAGCAUCUCUGACUGACGAUGCUAAAGAAGCAAUAAAAAAUAGCCACAAAUAUCUUUAUGAGAAAAUAUCCCAAGGUGCUUGUAUAUAUGGUAUUAACACUGGUUUUGGAGGAAGUGCUCAGGUACGCUACAAGAAUGAUAUGGCUGUUAAUUCUACUUUAGUUAAUCAUUUAAAGGCAGGGUUUGGUCAGCAGUUACCCUCAUCUCUUGUGAAAGCAACAAUGUUAAUAAGAGUCAAUAGUAUUGCUUUUGGAUUUUCUGGAGUUCAUGAAAAAGUUGUUAACCUUCUUCUUGCAUUACUCAACCAAGAUAUUGUGCCUUGUAUUCCUAAACGUGGCUCGAUAAGUGCCAGUGGUGAUCUUAUGCCUUUAUCGUAUAUUGCUGCAUGUCUUGAAGGUAGGGAAAGUUGCAAAGUGUUUGCUAAAGGUGUCAAAACCACUGCCUCAGAAGCUCUUAAAGCAGCUGGACUUGAGCCAGUUAUAUUUACUGGUAAAGAUGCUCUUGGUGUUAUGAAUGCUUCUUCAUUUGCAGCUGCUCUAGCUGCUGAAGUUCUAUACCGGGGUAAUGUUGCUAUAUUACUCACUCAAGCUGUUGUUGCUAUGUGUGUUGAAGCAUUGGGAGGUCGUUUGGAAUCAUUUCAACCUGUUAUACAUGAAAAAUGUUUGCCUCAUAUCGGCCAACAAGAAGUCGCUUCUAAUAUUUUAAAAUUUCUUCAGAAUACAAACAUGGCAAUUUCCCAGCCAGAAAUUGAACGCGGAUUUCGUGAAGGUGAACUGCGUCAAGAUCGUUACGGUAUGCGAACAUCACCUCAAUGGCUUGCACCUGUGUUGGAAACCGCGAUAGAGUCAAUUAGACGAAUAGAUAUCGAGUUGAAUAGUGCUAAUGAUAAUCCAAUAAUUAAUUGUAAUAAAGGUGAAAUUUUACAUUGUGGUAAUUUUCAAAGCAACUCAAUCACAGUAGCAAUGGAUCAAUUUCGACAAUGUUUGCAGCUUUGUGGAAAAUUACUGUUUGCCCUGAUGUCGGAAAUUGUUGACAGUAAUAUAAACAAUUGUCUUUCUCCUAAUUUAUGUGGUGGUGAUCCAAACAUUGACAUGGGUUUUAAAGGUACCGAGGUUGCUAUGGCAGCGUACACGUCAGAGUUGGAUUUCCUCAACGCUCCUGUUUCAAAUCACGUUCUUAUUGCAGAGAUCAGAAACCAAUCCAUCAACUCACUCGCUCUUAUUUCGGCACGCAUGUCUGAAGAUGCAUUGGAAAUUUUUCAAAUGCAACUGAUCAAUAUACUGCGUGCGCUUGUCCAGGCUGUGGAGCUUCGUUGGUUAAAGAAGAAAGUUGAGUCGAUCGUGUCCGAGUUAAUGCCGAAGAGUAGCGUCUGCGUGGAGAAGAAAGUACUGUUCCAAGUGGUUCCGUGGUUUUUGUUCUUUAGUUGCUCUUCCAAAGCAAUUGAUCAAGUGAUGAAACUGCUACCAGGAAGUAAUGUUGCUGAGUUAAAAAAUGGAUUUCAUAUUGCACUUGAUAAAGAAAUGGAGGUGUUGAGAAAUGGUCUGAAAUCUGGAGCAUUCAUUAAUAAAAUAUCGCGCCAAAUGGGACAAGGUACUGGACUUCUUUAUCUUUUCGUGAAAAAAAAACUUGGUGUUGUGUUUAAUGAUGGGGACGAAACAUUGGACAUAAGUUUAGAGACAAUGUACGACGCAAUAAAAAAUGGUCGUUUUGAUGAGGUUGUUUUAGAUUUGGCAAACAUGAUUAUCGAGGCCAGGAAUAGAACAGUAAAUUUUAUGGUAAAUUUAUGAUAAAAUUUUCUAUUUGUCAAACUCUUGUCAUUUCAUACAAGAUAUUUAUUUGUUUUAUUUUUUACUGUUUUCAAUUGUUGGCACGUUUUUA